CGUUAACUGCCUUGUUUGUUCACUUAACUUGUUUUUGUACUGAAAGAAAAAGAACUUUUCUUCUUUUACUUCUCUGUCUAAACUAAACGUAUUUUCUAGUUUGGGCUUCUCGAAUCUCGGUUUUCUGAAAUUAACUUAAAUUAUUUUGUAUUUGUAAACAAAAAACUUAAAUCAAUCUCAUUUCGAAUGUUGGUUAUGGACAGUACCGUUUCUUUGCAUUUCAUAAGGUUUGUUGUACUGGUUUCAUGGACCUUAUGAAAUUUGUUGUCAGAUCUGAGGAUAAGGAGGUGUCAAUUUUGCCUGAAAUUACUGAAACAGCAUCUCCCAUGAAUUCUGAGGAGAGAUUGAGUAGCAAUCAACCCUCAGCCGUUGCUCCCAAACGUACCAUAAAUGAAACUGGUACCAUUGUCAUAACACCAGCCACAGAAGGGGAACCCUCACGAUUGUUAGACGAAACUAAUGUAGCCGAUGAGUCUCAAACUUUAGAAUAUGAAACACCAAACAAAAAAAAGAGAGGAGGCAAAGGAGGAAAGAGGUUCCGAGCCGAAUGGCUUUCCUUUGAUAUGUUCAAAGGAUGGCUACGAGCUCAUCCUAAUCCUGAAAGAGCCAUGUGUACAGCAUGCAACAUAGUAUUGAAUGCAGGAAAAAGUGAACUGGAAAAACAUGCAACCUCUAUUAAACAUCAGAAGAAAGUAAUUGAAUUAAAGCAGCAGCAAAGAUACGAAUAUGAGGUCGAUAACAACACACCCAAUGUGAUUCUUGUGGAAUCCAAUGUAACCGAUGUUGAUAAUGGACUUCACAGCUCUUUUCUACAACGGCACAACGAUCAUCUCCAGGAGCAGUUGAGUGCAGAAGGGAACUAUACAGAACAUUCGGAAGGACAGCAACUGUCAGCCAUGUCCGGGAGAAGGCCUGUAGCCGAGCCUCCGUCCUACACCAGCAAAGCUAUAGUGACCAAGCCAGCUCCUCCGUGGAAAGCUACUGCCAUUGUAAAUGGUCAUGUUACUCGAUUGGAACUCAAUGACUACAAAGGCAGAUAUCUUAUUUUGUUCUUCUACCCACAAGAUUUUUCUGCAGUGUGUCCCACGGAACUGUUGUCACUGAGUGACCGAGUGCUGGAGUUCCGAGCUGUCCAGACUGAGAUCGUGGCUUGUUCUGUGGACUCUCACCUAACACACCUGGCGUGGGCGCGCACCCCGCGUAAUGAGGGUGGCCUUGGCAACCCCAAGAUACCUCUGCUGGCCGACCCCACACACAGCAUUGCCCGCGACUACGGUGUCUUACUGCCUGACUUGGGUCACACUCUCAGAGCACAUUUCAUAAUAGACAGGCGAGGUAUCCUUCGUCACAUGUUGGUGAACGACCUUGGUGUAGGAAGAAACAUUGAUGAACUGUUGCGGAUCACCCGGGCCCUUCAGUAUGUGGAUGAGACAGAAACCGGUUGUCCUGCGGACUGGAAACCUGGACUGCCCGGAGUCUGAGCAUCACCGUUAUCAAUUAAUAUUUAAUUUAAUUAUGACAAUUCCAGUGUUUUUGGCCGUACAACCUUGAUACAUUCAUGCAUUAUGUAAAAUACAUUUAAUAUCUUAGACAA